UUUCAUUUCUGAGUCCACCUCCUCUUUGUUCUAUUCUGCUGUUGGAAAUUUGAAAAAGGAAAUUAAAAAAAAACUAUGGAAGCAAAGAUAGGCAAAUUCUUCGAGUCCGUCAGCAACUUCUUCACCGGCGCCGAUCAGAUCCCGUGGUGCGACCGCGACAUCGUCGCUGGAUGUGAGCAAGAGGUUAUUGAAGCUGAAAAAGGUUCCUCUGAUGAGUUUAAGAAUGAAUGCAUCACGCGUCUGUCGUGGGCUCUUGUGCAUUCAAGACAACCAGAAGAUGUACAUCGUGGCAUGGCAAUGCUGGAAUCUUCUAUAGGCGACACUACCAGCCCUCAGAAAUUAAGAGAGAAACUUUAUCUUCUUGCUGUUGGGUAUUACAGAAGUGGUGACUAUUCAAAAAGCAGGGAGCUGGUGGAGGAAUGUUUGAAGAUUGAACCUGACUGGAGACAGGCGCAGUCCCUUAGGAAAGCAAUUGAAGACCAGAUAAAAAAAGAUGGCAUAAUUGGCAUAGGCAUUGCUGCUACAGCUGUGGGACUGGUUGCUGGUGGGAUUGCUGCAGCUUUGGCACGAAGGAACUGACUCCACCUUUGAUAUCUGCUGAUAUGUAAGAGAAAUCCACUAAAUGGCAUGCUUGAUUUUGAUGCAGAAACUUGAAAAAAAUGUUAGUUAAAUAUGUUGUUCAUUUGAUUUUUGCAAUAAUGUAUAUUAGAGAAUGUUGGAGAGAUUUCCCUUUUUUAUUUAAAUAGUUUAUUUAUACCUUUGGAUUGCUUAA